CAUGAAACAAUCAAAAGGAAGUUCAUUGUUCGUCAUCGGUGUUUUAUCAUUUACGUUCGCAGUUUCGUUAUAUUGUCACAUAUAUAUGUAUCUUCAGAGAAGGUUUUCUAUUAUUCGAAGACAUCAAGAGAGAAGGAGAGAAAGAGAGAGAAAGAGAAAGAGAGAGAGAGAGAGAGAGAGGGAGAGAGAGAUCGAAGAAGGAAGUUCGAGAUGUCGUCUACGUGUCUACUUCUGUCAAUCCUGGAGAAAAAGAGAGGAAGAUAAAUUGGAAGAAAGAAAGAGAGAGAGAGAGAGAGAGAGAGAGAGAGAGUAAACGAGAUGUUCGAAAAAAAUCAAGGACGAAAAUAAUGAGAUAAAAUUAAUACUCACACUUUUAUGAUACUGGAAAUAAUAACAGGAGAAACUUAAAAUCGGAUUAAGAAAAAAGAGAGAGAGAGAGAGAGAGAGAGAGAGAGUAAUAAAGAUAGCUUUGGUAUCAUACUUGGUGAUAAACGAUUUAGAAAAGAACGAGAACGUAGAAAUGAGUAAUAUCGAAGAGGAGAAUAAUAAAAUCUCAAAAAGUAAAGAAAUGGAAGAUAAUAAUAAUAAAAAGAAGAAGAAGAAGAAAGAAUCGGAAAUAAUCGAGGAAUAUCCAUCGUUAUCUUAUAAAAUAGAAAAUGAAUUGUCAAUGCCUAGAAAUAUAGAUGAGCGAAGAUCAAUGUCGAGUGAAUUAGAGGAGCCAGCUAAGUAUAUGGAUGUGUUGUCGGGUACAAAUGUAAAUCCUAUAAGAAGAUCGAGUAUAGCAAGUGCAGCCAUUUGUUCAAGUUUGGCGCCAAGUUUGGCAAGUGCUUUCCCAGGUGUACCGAGUAAUUAUUUGCCAAAUACGAAAGAAAAUAAUUCUCUUGGAUUGAGAAGAAGUGUGACCAUUUCCAAUUUAUCAUACAACGAGACGGAUGUUAACAGAUUAGAGGAUAAUGUUAAGAACGAGGAUAAUGUUAACAUUGGAAAGAAUGAAAAUGGUGGUGGUAAACGUAAAUUAAAACUACCAUUUUUUCAUCUUCAAAUACCCGAAAGUACCGGCUGGGACAUCGAUCUUGGUUACCAUCAUCAUCACCACUAUCAUCAUCAUGUAUUUCCACAUAUUCACGUACCCGUGAUUACAUUCACUGCCCCGGCGACCGAUGGAACAGGUCGCAAGUUCAACUUCGGCAUACGAAAACACUCGCAGACGACUUUGCAUCGGACUGACUCGAUGGUAUCGCUUUGUUAUCGGUCGCUUGCCAGCUACAUCACGGAUGACAAUCUCGCUGGUUUGCAAAAUUUUCUUGAAAAUAAAAGAGCACAGGUUGAUGACCGAGAUGAGAACGGUAGCACAGCCCUCAUCCUUGCAGCAGCUAAAGGCAAGAUCCAAUUUCUUCGGGAAUUCAUUAAUUAUGGUGCCGACGUUAACGCCGAGGACGUGGAUAAUUGGACGGCAUUACUUUGCGCGGCCAAGGAAGGUCAUACAGAAAUCUGUUCUGAAUUAUUGGAUCAUGGCGCCGAUUUGGAACAUCGCGAUAUGGGAGGAUGGACGCCACUUAUGUGGGCGACAUAUAAGGGUAGAUCGACAACGGUGAAGAUGUUAAUAACACGUGGUGCUGAUGUCAAUGCCCAUGGAAACUUUCAUAUAUCAUCGUUACUUUGGGCAGCUGGUAGAGGAUAUUCUGAAAUAGUUAAAGAUCUGAUUGCUCAUGGUGCUAAAGUCAAUGUUGGCGAUAAGUACGGUACUACGGCUUUAGUUUGGGGUUCUAGAAAAGGAAACGUGGAGAUAGUUGAUACAUUGUUGAAAGCCGGUGCAAACGUAGAUACGGCUGGCAUGUAUUCAUGGACAGCUCUUCUUGUGGCGACACUCGGUAACCAUAUAGACGUAGUUCUAUUGCUUUUGGAACAUAAGCCGAAUGUAAAUGCUCUUGACAAAGAUGGAUGUACGGCCUUGGCGAUAGCUUGUCGAGAGGGUCAUCACGAGAUAGCUAAUGCACUUUUGAAUGCCGGAGCUUAUGUCAAUAUUCAAGAUAGAUCUGGUGAUACUAAUUUGAUACACGCUGUCAAGGGCGGGCAUAGAGGAGUCGUUGAAUCCCUUCUUAAAAAAUAUGCUGAUGUUGAUAUAGCUGGAAAGGAUAGAAAAACUGCAACUUAUAUAGCUGUAGAAAAGGGUAACACGGCAAUACUAAAACUAUUACUAAGUGCUAAUCCAGAUUUAGAAAUUGCAACAAAAGACGGUGAUACGCCAUUAUUACGAGGAGUAAGAUCGCGCAACGCUGAAAUUGUGCAAUUAUUGUUAGACAAAAAAGCGAAAGUUUCUGCAACCGAUAGGAAAGGCGAUACUGUAUUACACAUUGCUAUGCGUGCAAGAUCUAAAGGCAUAGUUGAAAUAUUAUUGAGAAAUCCAAAGAACAGUCAGUUACUAUAUCGUCCGAAUCGUCAAGGAGAAACGCCAUAUAAUAUAGAUAUCAAUCAUCCUAAGACAAUUCUAGGACAAAUAUUUGGUGCUCGUCGGCUUAAUACUAACGAGGAUAAUGAAAAUAUGCUUGGUUAUGAUUUAUACAGUAGCGCGUUAGCAGAUAUACUUAGCGAACCCUCACUGUCAACACCAAUAACAGUUGGUUUAUAUGCCAAAUGGGGUUCUGGGAAAUCAUUUUUAUUAAAUAAAUUAAGAGAGGAAAUGAAAAAUUUUGCACGUCAAUGGAUCGAUCCAGUAUUCCAAUUUUCUACUUUAUUGUUCAUAGUAGUUACACAUGUGUCUUUAUUAGUUGGUGUUACAACGGGUCUUCUUGUACAAUCGUGGAUAAUUGGUCUUGCGUGCGGCAUUAGUCUUAUUUUUAUUAUUUACACAUUCUUGGUGCUUGUUUGGUAUGCUAAUAAGAGAUAUGAUUGGUAUUGGCCAUCCAAUUUUACAGUAGCUUUUACAACAAAAUUGAAUUCUUUGAAGUUACUGUUGCAAGUAAUAUUUUGCCAUCCACCUGGCGGAAGUGUUCACGAUGGAAUAACCGUUCAGCCGAUCAAGUUUUAUUUCACGGAUCAAACUAGAGUCGGUACAACGGCUGCCGGAGAAAAUGCGGUUGUACAAAUGGUGGGAUCUCUUUAUGAUUCAAUUGAAAAUGAUUUUGGUUCUUUAUCUACGAGAUUAUACAGAGCAUUUAGACCAAAAUUUGAUAAGUCUACCACUACUUGGAAGUGGAGACAUCUUUGUUGUUUACCAUAUGUUGUUAUAUUUGAAUUCUGCUUCUGCAGUUUACUUCUUGGUAUAUCAGUACUUACAGUCUACCUCAUAGAUAUGUCUAAUAACGAACCAACUAUUGAGAAGGUUACAGCGCAUAUCAUUAUGAUAACUGUUGCCUUAGUAUUAAUUAUCAGUAUUAUAGCAAAUUUAUAUACAUGGAGUCGGACGUUAAAAGCGCUUGUGUUCUCGCAGAGAAGACAUCUGCAACAUAGUAUAUCAAAAUUAGAAACAUUAAAGAGCGAAGGUUUUAUACAAACAUUAAGAAGUGAAGUUAAUCUAAUGACUGAAAUGGUGAAAUGCUUAGAUAGCUUCAUGUCUCAACAAAGUAGAUUAGUUUUAAUAGUAGAUGGUUUAGACAGUUGUGAACAAGAUAAAGUUCUACUUGUUCUAGAUGCCAUACAGGCUUUAUUUAGUGAUAAUGGAUAUCCAUUUGUGGUGAUAUUAGCCAUUGAUCCACAUAUUAUAGCUAAGGCAGUAGAAGUAAACAGUAGAAGAUUAUUUACCGAGUCGAAUAUUGGAGGACAUGAUUAUUUACGUAAUAUGGUUCAUCUCCCAUUUUAUUUACAAAAUAGUGGUUUACGUAAAGUGAAAGUUGCACAACAAACUGCACUACAUGGUAAAAAGACGACUUGGUCGGAGGCCGAGGAGAGCAUUAACUAUGCCGCUACAAGUACAAUGCAUCAUUCUGUUUCCAAUAGAAGACUUAGUACAGAAUCUGCUAUAAUGAAUAGUAAUGAAAAAUUAAAGCCACAGGGUUGGAAGGGUAAUAGAAAAUUACGAAUGAGUGAAUCAAUUGCUAGCAGUAUUGGUAGUAAUCUAAAUAGAUUAGGUGGCGCACAAGAUCUUAAUAAAAUGCUUCUGACUGAUGAUUACUUUAGUGAUGUAAAUCCACGUAGUAUGAGAAGAUUAAUGAACGUUGUUUAUGUCACUGGAAGGUUAUUGAAAGCAUUCCAGAUUGAUUUUAAUUGGUAUCAUCUUGCCAGUUGGAUCAACAUAACAGAACAAUGGCCUUUUAGGACAUCUUGGUUGAUAUUACAUUAUGAUAUGUACGAGGAUAGUUUGGAUGAUUCCAUGUCAUUGAAAAGUCUUUACGAUAAAGUGCGUCCACAAAUACCAGUACUAAAAGAUGUUCAGCCUCUUCUUGAAAUGGAUAGAGACGAACGUAAAUUGGAUGUUUUUUUGACCUUUCAUCGUUCUAGCUUACAUGUUAGCGACAUGAAAAUAUUUUUACCAUUUACGAUUAAUCUUGAUCCUUAUAUUAAAAAGAAAAUAAAGGAAGAACAGCAAGGAUUAGACGAAGAGAUUAAUUUAACUCAUUAUAAACAAAUUACGCCGUGGAAUCCGCAAACUAAUAUUUAUAAUCCAUCUAAUCUAAACAAAUCUAUUGUCACAAAUCGUGGUAUAAAAGUUAAUAGAACUCCGAAUUUACCGGGACAACAAUACAUUCCACCAGGACCAUCAUGGACUUAUCAACCAAAUUUUGAUUGGUCUGCUAACCCUUGGGUACACGUACCGCCUGCAGAACCUAAACCACUUUCUGCAACUACUGCAUUACCAUCAGAAGUUCUUGAAACAAAAUUAUCUUCCAUGGGCGUGAAUGAGAUUUGUGAUCUUCUUGAUAAAAUCGAAGGUUUUAAUAUAAAUCAAGCACCGCAAUAUAAAAAUGUAAUCAGAGACAAUAACAUUAAUGGAAAAGUUUUGGUUCAUUGUGACUUGCAAGAAUUAAAGAAAGUACUUAAAAUGGCGUUUGGUGAUUGGGAAUUAUUUCGUAUGAUAAUAGUAUCCCUCAGAGAAUUUGAAGUAUCAUCAAUCGGUACUCAAGAUGAGACUUCUCGGAGCGUACGAUUUACAGUAGGACUCGAGCCUAUCACACGGAAAGAACACACUUUGCAAACUAAUUCUGUUCGCGUACCUGUUCAUAAUGAAAAAGAAAAGGGAAUAUCCAGAACUGAUGCACCACCACGACGGGAUCAAGCAAAACAAUCUAUUAUGGAAAAACAGUAUCAGGUAACUUUAGAAGAACAAAUGAUAUGCGGUGCUUUACAAACCUUAAAUGAAGAAGCUUGCGAAGAUGUAUUGGAUCUUCCAAAUCCACCGACGGCACCAACAGACUCACUUUCAGGACGAGUUGCGUCAACUCAGGAUACGGACUACGUCCUUCUACAAACCAAUCCACUUUUUCAUUGGGUACCGGUUAACAAUGAACGGGAAAGUUCUGACGAUAGUUCAUGUGACUCAACGAUACAUCUACAUCGCGCUAAUUCUCAACAUAGCAUAGCUUCUCAACGAAGUACAAGAUCCACUUGUUCUCAUGGUCGUAGUAGAAGUUUAAGAAGAACUGGAAGUCAUUGCAAUAGCAGACCGUCCUCCCUUUUUGUUUCUCCUCCACCUUCACCUCGACCUGCCUUUAGAUCUAAAUCCACCGAUGAAAACUACGUGGGAAAUAAUAUACCUUUAAAGCCAACAACUUCCUUAUAUUCGGCGAAGAAAAGACGUUCUGUAUCAACCCUUAGCGACGAUACAAUACCAACGAUAUCGACAUCGGCGAUACCCAUUAACGUUCCACACGCUAGCUUGGAAAAAUUAUCCAAGUUGAAAGAUCGUUUGAUUGGAACAACUUCAUCAACAUCCGCAGCUGGCGAUAGUGAUGAUGAAUCUACACCUUUGGUAUCAGAAUUAUCAACACCAACGCAUUCCCAAUCUGACAGUGUUUUUAGAAAUGAAUACAGUCCAGAUAACAGUAGCGAUAUUUCAGCUGAUUCAAAUAAAAGUUUACCGCACAGCAGCGAACGAUCUGCUAUAAAAUAGAUUAUUAAUAAUAUAGAUUAAUAUAAUACACAUUAAAGAAGAACGAGUUUAGAUAGGAUGGGAGGGGGGGGGGUAGAAUAUUUUGAUAGAUAAUCAAUAUAUAAAUAUACAUUUUUAUCAUGGGUAAUCCUAUCUAACGUAGUUCUGCUUUAAUUUGCUUUAUUCGAAAUUAGGUUGUUCGGUUAAAAUACAAAUAAAAAGAAAAGAAAAAAAAAAAGCAAAUAAAAUGUAAAAAGGAAUGCCUACUUAAAUCUAUUUAAUAUUACAAGUUUGAAUCGACCAGUGUUAUACGUUUUAACAUAUUAAUGUUGAAUAAUCAAUUAAUUUUACAAAUUAGUAUGAAUAGAUGUAUGUUUUAAUUUAAUUGAAAUCAUUAGCCAGAUAUAUUUAUUUGUUAAUGCUUCUAGUGUGAUAUAUAUCGAAUACCAGUUUUUAAAGUAAUAAUGUAAAUAUUCGAUAAACUAAAGAACGAUUAUAACAUAUGAAUUUUUUUAUAACUAGAUAUAGAAAAAAUUUAUUAUCUUAUUAUUUAUGAAUUAUAGAAAAUUAAGCGUUGUUAAAUAUUUAUUUAAUAGCCUCAAUUAUAAUGAAGUGACCUAUUGUGCAUC